UCCAGCCGCUCCGCGAGAGACAGCCAGUGCCACAGAUCCGACCGGUGAGGAUCCAGCUGUUCCCAGCGAUCUGGGCAGUGCCACAGCUCCAGCCGGUGCCGACGCACCGACCAGUGCCGGGGACCCAGCUGGGGCCAAAGAUCCAGGAGCUGCCUCGGAGCAGGAGAACAUGGAGAACGGAGACCUCUCCAGUGAGGGCGAAACCUCUCCGGCCCUUAAGCCAGGUGGAGAGACCCCCAUCGAGCGGGAGAUCCGGCUGCACCAGGAGAGGGAGGAGACCCUGAGACGGCAGCGGGGCAUGGCCAGCCCGCGGAGCACCCAGGAGUACGUGGAGGUGCGGAUGAAGCCCAUCUUGAGCCAGGCCCAGCUGCCUGCCCAGCUGCCCAAGGACAAGGAGCGCCAGUGGGCUGGGGCCCAGAUGCAGCGGGAGAUCCAGCGGGAGAGGCUCCGCGAGGAAGACCUGAUGCAUAUGGGCCAGGUGCGGGGCACCUACGACCGGGGCACCCCCCAGGAGCUGCAGGAGAAGAAGAUGCUCUUCGAGCACCAGCCCAGCCCCGAGCCCCCUUCCCCCAGGAAGCCGGCGAGGGUCGCCUGCAGCAGCAGUGCUGAGACCCCCUUGGAUCAGGGCCCCCGGGGUCCAUCCUUCACUGAGGCCAACAGCCAGGCCAAGGUGGUCAUCCUGGAGCCCAGCACCCUGCUGCGCCCCAGCCCCGGCCGCCAGCCCCCCAUGGAGCAGACCCAAGGCAGCCCCUUCUUCAGACUGCGCUCCAGGAGCCCCCAGUCCCGGCUGGAGCUCGAGGUGCAGGAGGCCCAGAAGAGAGAAGAGGAGCUGCAGAAGCAGAGGCACUGUCUAUAUGGCUGGGUCCUGCCUCGGGAUGCCCAGGGGGAGACCGACGGCCAGGAGCCGCGCCGCAGCCAGCCAGAGAGACUGUCCUGCGGGAAGCUCGAUGUGACCUGGCCUCCCCCAGCCCUGUCGGAGAGCCCCCAAGAGAAUGGGCUGGACCAGGUGGAGAAAAGCCCCCGGAGCCUUCGCCAGAAAAGUGCCUUAAUCCAGCGCUGGGAGUCAGGAGCUGUCAGCAACCAGGAGAGCUGGGAGUAGGGAGCAGCGCCGAGGAGGGAAGGGAGAGAAAAUGGGGGGAGUGGGGGAUAUCCCAGCAUCUCGCAUCCUGCUCCAGAACCUACCCCCCACUUGAUCCUUCCGGGAUCCCACUGCUGGAACCACCGUGUACCCUUCCUACCCACCUGAUUGGACAAAGCUUUAAUGCAUGUGACCACCCAGGCUGCUUUGAUUGGGUGAUGAACUACUUCGCUUCACCUCCUUCCACCCCAGCUUUCUCCAUGGACCAAUCAGGAGAGACCUAGGUGAAACACAUUGUAGUUGAUUAUUUUUUAGAGCAAGCCAAAUCCCAAAUUAAAGGGAUUUUGGAUCCAUGGAAGGAUGAGGCCUUCAAUACUCCGGACUAGGCACUGAUCUGAGCUAUCCCAGUGUGACUCCAGAAUCACUCAAAGGGGGUGACUUCAGAGUCACACCAGUAUAAAGGCAAUCAGAACCAGGUUCUCUAUUGUACGUAAAAUGCAUGGAUCAGAAUCUCCAUCACUUUGAACUCUGGGUUGGGUGGGAUUACUAUUAGUGUGGCCUUGGGACACCUGGGUUCUAGGCCCAGCUGUGCCACUGAUUUCCUACGUCCUUGUCCAAGUCACUUCACCACUCUGUGCCUCAGUUUCGCUAUCUUUUAAAUAGUGGGAUGACAACGCAUCCCGUGGCAGAAAUCAUGAACAUUUGGCCAAAGCACUAGUAUUACUUUGAUCCCAAACGUAUUAACCCUCUAAUGGUCUCCUCCCCAGAAACAGUUGCUUCUGAAACAAGCCGACAGAGUAGAUUGUGCUCAGGCAUGAAAUCAUCUUGGGAAGAAGCUACGGGGUGUUUUAAGCAAAAAGGGUUUAAGAAAAAAUCAAUAAACUAAAGCAAAAGCACCAAGUGACUCGACUUAUUGCCACCACGAUUCAAAGUGGAGUAAUGCAAAGGCGGUUGAGUGUGCGGCCACAGCAGGGCCAUCCUGUCGGCUUCAUCAACAGUAAUCAAAUUAAUUAGGUUUUAUGUGACGACACUGCCUGAGCCAGCUCACAAGUUGCGAAACUCCCAGUGAUUUCCAUGGGAGUUUUGCCUGAGUGAGGACAGACCGGAUCAAGAGGAGGGGCUGGCUGGGGUAGAGGAUGGGAAGAGCUGGGAGGCCCCAUAGCAGAGGUUACUCUGGGAAUUCACCACUGUAGAGGCCUGGAGAGCAGCCCUUUGCUGCUAUAAAAUAGAGCCGCUCCCAGCUGCUCUAAGUGACGCAGACGUCAGGCAGCUGCAGCCACCUGGGAUCUGUCGGGCCUAAAGGCCCAGCCAAGCCCCAGUUUGGUCAAGCCCAGGGAUGUGCAGAGUUGGCAGCCUCCCCGGCUUGAGCAGCUAUCAUAGCAGGGUGUCAUAGAUGGCCAUCCGCUGUGGCUCCGGCUGGCAGGCGAGCACCAUCAGCCUGGCCACACCUCAGCCCCCGAGCUGGAGUGCGUGGGCCCGUUUUCAAUGGUUACAGUUCCCGUCCCUUUGUACAUUUCACUGAGGAUGGUAUAUGGAGCUAGGGGGGAAAAUACACACACACAACCUGGCCUCUGUCCAUAGGCAAAACCCUGCAUCCCUCCCGGCCUCAGUUUCCCUAGUCGGACAAAGAGGGAUGACCAUUCCGCCCUGCCCCACUGUGCCCCGGGGAGUGAACCAGUGCAUAGCUGUAACCCCCGUUCAGGUGUCAAAGUCCGGCUGAGGUUCUGAUUACUCAAUAACCACUAAUAACGAGGGGAACAGCCUUGGACCUAGUGCCAGAGAUGGGCCCAGCUCCCUGCUGGGUGUAAAUCGGCCUGGCUGCCCUGGAACGAUGUGGGGUCAGCCCCAUCCUAUAUGGGGCUACAUCUGAAGUCCAUUAGGGAACUUAGCUAGUGAAAAAUGCAGCAGGUCUCCUUUCUUAGAGGUUCUUUCCACAGGGAGUGGAUUACCCGGGGCCGGCAUGCACAGUGUGAAAGUAACUCAAGGGAGCGGCACAGAGAUCAAGGUGAUAUGACAGCUGGCUGGGUUUUGAUCACCUUGGGUGUUCACAGGGGUCAGAUCGUCCCCUCCCUUGCAGAGGUGUAAAGCAGCGACCCCAUCGGCGGCUGCGGAAGCUCGCGUCAGUGGGAGCCGUGUUUGGCCACGGGAUCAAUCUCAUGCAUCUGAAGAAGGGG